GUGCUAACCAUGUGCUUGUUGUUAUUGUCUCUGCCAUCUAUAAAGAGUAUACUUGCAGGCCCUGAGCUUUAGUGUCAUUUACUGUGCCUGGUAUUCUGAACUCUGAAGAGAUGGAGAAGAUUGUGUUUUAUGAGGACAGGAACUUCCAGGGGCGGUCCUACGACUGCAAAGGAGACUCCGCUGACCUGCAUGACUUUUUCGCUCGAUGCAACUCUUGUCGGGUGGAGGGCGUCUGGUGGGUCCUCUAUGAGCGCCCCAACUACAUGGGUUACCAGUACAUCAUAGGACCCGGGGAGUAUGCAGACUACCAGCACUGGAUGGGGUUCAACGACUGCAUCAGAUCCUGUCGGGUCAUCAAAAAAACCACUGGCCCCUACAAGCUGAGGCUGUUCGAGAGGCCCAACUUCGAUGGUCAGUCCCUGGAGGUGACUGAGAACCUACCCUCUGUCCAGGAACGUUUCCACAGCCGCGAGAUCCACUCCUGCAAGGUCCAGGAGGGUUCCUGGGUCUUCUUCGAGCACCCCAACUUCCGCGGCCGCCAGUACCUGCUAGAGAGGGGGGAGUACCAUCGCUACACCGAGUGGGGAGCUCUGCAUGCCACCGUGGGCUCCAUCCGUCGCAUCAUAGCCACUGGAGAGAGAUGAUUGUAGUCGCAUGGUGAGAUUCGAAUAAAGUUUCCUGAUGAUAAACAUGA